AUGCGCGAAUAUUAUUGCUACAAGUUCCAGAUGCGCCGUGGAAUGUUCAACACCAUCUUGCAUGGGAAGCGCCUAUUCCAGCAAUUUGCAGUUGAUACCUAUAUAAAGCUUAAAACAUCGCGUCUGAACUAUAUUCUGCACAACCAAUCAAGAAUACGUGCAGAUCUUUACCAGGGCUUAGUGGAUAGUGUAUCUGCAGGGGAGAAUCAAGCGAGUGCAAUGGGCAAAAGAUGGGUCCUUCCAGCGUCAUUUAUUGGUGGCCCGAGGGAUAUGAGACGACAAUACAUGGAUGCUAUGGCCUUGGUGCAGAAGUACGGUAAACCAGACAUCUUCCUCACCAUGACUUGCAACCCUAACUGGGAAGAAAUACUUAGGGAGCUUGAACCUGGCCAGACACCACAAGACCGUCCUGAUCUUGUUGUGCGAGUAUUUAGAGCUAAAUUAGAUGAUCUCAAGUUUCAGCUCUUCCAUAAUCACAUCCUUGGAGUUGUUGCGGCGCAUGUCCAUGUCACCGAGUUCCAGAAAAGGGGUCUACCGCAUAAUCAAAAUCGCACAUGCAAGAGCUAUUAUCCACGCCAGUUUACUGAUACAACUCUCCAAGGCAAGGACUCUUACCCCAUCUACAAAAGACGGGAUGAUGGGCAAAAGGUACAUGUAAGAGGGCAUGUCUUGGACAACAGAUGGGUUGUACCAUAUAAUCCUAAGCUACUAAGGAGGUAUGACUGCCACAUCAACGCCGAGGUUUGUUCAAGCAUUAAGACUGUCAAGUACCUUUACAAAUACAUCUACAAGGGUCAUGACAGGGCAUAUGUUUCUACCAAUGAUGCCAAUGGCAAUAAUGAGAUUAAUGAGAUCGAUGAUUACAGGGAAGCUAGAUGGGUAGCCCCACAGGAGGCAUUGUGGAGAAUCUUUGCCUUCGAUCUUAGUGGGAUCUUCCCCCCAGUGCUCCAGCUGCAACUUCAUCUCCCUGGCAUGCAUCUCGUGUCCUACAGGGAUAACGCGGAUGCACGUUAG